AAGUAAACAAAAAUAUUAUCUAGAGAAAGAUUUAGAAAAGAAAUCAUCGCCUCCAAGUAGUAAGUCUAAGCAUCGACUGCAAAUCUCAUUUUUCAAGUACCAAGUAAAAAGUGGCCGCAACGGUUUAGGCGUUGACACGGCGCUCAUCACUGCAAGUUGGCAGAGUCGAGGCAAGAAGAUGAGGUCCUUCCACGCUGCUCUGAUAGCCGCCGUCUUUUUGGUAGCAGAGGUGAGGAGCAUCUCGGUGCCGACGGGCAAGGAGACACCUAUCACCCCGGCCAAAUCUACACCGAGGCCGACGUACCACAAACGAGUACUGGCACCGGCGCCAGUAAGCGAGUACACCGAUGAAAACCCGGAACCGGCUCCUCUCGACCCAAGCUACGUACCGAUCACAUACAAGUUCAUCAAGGCUCUCGCCGCUGAUAAAAUCUACUACAUACCGAUUGCAAUUAGGAACGUUCCGUUCUACGGAGCCUCCGAUGAAGGCGAGGAACCGCCUGUUGUGGCUUACAGGACCAUCGAAUACUUCCCUAAGAAAUACGACUACAAGUACACCAAACAGAAACCGUCCUACUACGUACCCAAGCCGUACCCGGUCCAGAGGGUGCCUACGAAAGGCGGCUACCCAAAAAAGGCGACAGCUCAAACGGACAAGUACUAUUACUACGAAAAUCAAACCCAAUAGUCUUUAAAAGGUCCGCAAAUUCGGGAAAGUAAGGAUAAAACAGGAAUUCGUAAGUGUCAAAAUUUAUUGUUCGGACUAUUUUCAUCUGUCUUUUGAUCCGUUUUUUAUUAUUAAUUUCCCGAUCGAUAGAAAUAGUCCGUACAAUAAUCAACGUCGAAAUGCGCUCAAAACUAAUUUAUGUCAAGUUUGUUUUGAAGCUGUAGUAAUUGGAAGAAAAAAAAACAUCUACUACUCAAUCAUCAGUUUCGCUCAAUUUUUAAAUUACACCUUUAAAAAAAACUAUGUAAAUAAUUUCUUCCCUUUGUAAAUAAAUUUUUAAAAAACCUGGUUUCCGUGUUUCCUGUUUGGUCAAAUUUUUAAAAGAAUUUAUUUGUUCUUCCUUUUUAAAAUUAUAGAAUAAAUGUUUACGCAGUAUUUUAAAAUUAGUUUAAGUAUUUUUUUUUUAUAUUCAGUAUUUUAUUUUUCAGGAAAUAUGUUGCUUUCCUACUUGUUUAAUAUUACGCCUACCUCAUCAAAAUUACAUUAGAAUUUGUCUUUUCUUCUGUAGAAAGUUUUUUUUUGGUUCUUGAAGAAUUGCAAUCUUUCUCUUAAUUUACCAUGUUAAUUAUUAAAAACCACAGUGUGCCAUUGAAAUUUAAAUUAUGUACUUUUUCUUUUGUAGAUGGAAUAAAAUAACUACAUAUUUU